UAACGUUAGCUGUCAAGCUGUCAAGUGGAGAGGCUGGGGCAGUCGUUUCAGCUUACCCCUGGCUUGUCCGCACCAAGCUUCCUCCCCCCUCCCUCAAAACACCAGAAAUUAGAGUAUCCUUUAGCUCGCCAGCUGAGAAUAUGUAAUACAUCACGGGAGAACGCAAAGAGGGACCUCCGCAUUCACACAAUUGCAUUGAAUUUUGAGUGACGAUUUCUCAUUGCUAGCUCGCAAGCUAGCUUAGCUUAGCUUAGCCAACGCAAACCUGUAUUUCGUCGUUGUGCUUGUGGUGUAAACUGCGGACACUUGGUCCCCAUCACACAGAGUAGCUAUCAACUGGUGUGUUAGCGAUUUGGUUGUUAAAGAGACACAAUGGGAGCAUUUCUGGACAAACCAAAGAUGGAAAAAUACAAUUCCCAUGGUGAUGGUAACAACCUAAGGUAUGGGCUGAGCAGCAUGCAGGGUUGGAGGGUUGAAAUGGAGGAUGCACACACAGCAGUAAUUGGCCUGCCUCAUGGUCUCGAGCUCUGGUCAUUUUUUGCYGUUUACGACGGGCAUGCCGGCUCACAGGUGGCCAAAUACUGCUGUGAGCACCUCCUGGAACACAUCACUACCAACCCAGACUUCCAGAGUGCUCUACAGGAGGAAAACAAUGUAGACAGCGUGAAGAAUGGAAUCCGCACAGGAUUCUUGCAGAUUGAUGAACACAUGCGGACCAUCUCUGAGAAGAAGCAUGGUGUUGACCGCAGCGGCUCCACUGCAGUAGGGGUGAUGAUUUCUCCGAGCCAUAUCUACUUUAUCAAUUGUGGGGACUCUCGGGGUCUUCUCAGCAGGGGGGGAGCUGUGCACUUCUUCACACAGGAUCACAAACCCAACAACCCCCUUGAGAAGGAGAGAAUCCAGAAUGCCGGUGGUUCAGUUAUGAUCCAGCGAGUUAAUGGGUCUCUAGCUGUCUCAAGAGCUCUAGGAGACUUCGACUACAAAUGUGUUCAUGGAAAAGGCCCAACAGAGCAGCUUGUUUCUCCAGAGCCCGAAGUGUAUGCAAUAGAAAGAUGUGACGGGGAAGAUGAAUUCAUAAUACUUGCUUGUGAUGGCAUCUGGGAUGUCAUGGCUAACGAGGAACUCUGUGACUUUGUGAGGUCAAGGCUAGAGGUUACAGAGGAUCUUGAAAAAGUCAGCAAUGAAAUUGUCGACACCUGCUUAUACAAGGGAAGCCGUGACAAUAUGAGUGUUGUGUUAAUUUGCUUUCCUGGGGCUCCAAAAGUUUCUCCAGAAGCAGUGAAACGAGAGGCUGAGCUGGACAACUAUCUCGAGGGCAGAGUAGAAGAGAUAAUCAAAAAUCCGGAAGGUGUUCCGGAUUUGGUUAAUAUUAUGCGGACGUUAGCAUCUGAGAGCAUCCCAAACCUUCCUCCAGGUGGAGAACUGGCAAGCAAACGAAGUGUUAUUGAGGCGGUGUACAACAAACUUAACCCAUACCGAAGUGAUGACACUGACUCUGCAUCCACAGACGACAUGUGGUAACACAACCUCCUACCACUAACACAGCAUAGAGUUUACAAACCACCAUCCUCUCAAGACCCACAGCAGCUCAGCUCAGCAGUCUGCCUCUCCGUCACUCUGAGCUUUUGGUUUCUAAGAAGGGAAUUCAUGGGAGGAGGAGGAGGAGGAGGAGGAGGAGUUGCAUGCACACAAACCUGGAGUAGUGCAGCACCAGUCCACUCUGGAGUUCAGGAUCCCCACCGUCUUGUCUCCCUUUUUUGUUCACCCUCCUUAAUAUUCUUCUCUAAAGUAAUCCUCAACAAGUGAGUCCACAAAGUUGUUUUUCUUUUUGUUAAAUAAUCCGCUUAAAUAGUAUAUAUUUUUUGUUGCUGUAAUUAAUUUGAUUCACAUUUCCUUGUGUGUUUGUAUAUUUCUGUUUUUGUGAAGUGCAAUUGUCCUGUACAAACAGCCUGUAUUUAACGCAGCUUGAUUUUAAGUAAAAAAAAAAAAAGAAAGGAAAAAAAUGAAAGAAAUGGGGGGAAAAAAGAGAACUUUUUAUGCACUAUCUGCCUUUUCCUGCUCUUCUGGAAUUCAAAUGUUUAUUCAGUGAAUAUUACUGCUUGUCCUCCAGGCACAAUGUCUCUGCGCUUUUACUUUUAUUAUUUUUCUUUUCCACUUUUUUGUUUUCCUCCCCAGUCAGCCUAUGCUCUUAAGAAACGGGUAAAUUGUAUAGUACACAGCACAGUAAGCUCUCUAUAUCAAACCACAUAAAUCCUAAUUAUUUUUCCCAGUUUUUAUUGUUUUAAUUCAGUUUUCUGUAGAUGCUCAAACAAUAAAGGUAAUUUGACAGUA